GUGAUUUCAUUUCACCUGAAAAUGGACGUUAAAAUUCUGCUCGCUUUAACGAUCAUGACUGCUAUCACCUUCCUGCGGUUCACAACAACCAGCGGUCUUCCAACCACAGCAGAGGAUCUUGGCUUGGCUUUAGAAUCAGAUGAUAAUCAAGCAGGUCGCCAAAAAAGCCAAAGUCUGAGGACCUGGUGGUGCAAGCAUUACACUCAAGCUCAGCUGAAAGUAAUGCUGCAACAACUUGGAGAUGGACCAGGAGGGAUUUCGCUUGGCGGCUUCAAUCCACAGUACAUGGCUUUCACCUGGCAAGAGGCACAGAAACUCCCUGUCCUUGUUACAAAUGCUAGCGUACCUCAAAGCAGAGUCUUCACCAUCGCACAGCCGAGCUCUCUGAUGUCAUACUCAAACUGUCGUAUGACCGUAGAUGGAUGCAUUGAAUGCAAUUCAAGGAGGGACCUGGGUCCGAACAAGGUCCCGAGAUUCAUCAACGAAGUCACAUGCCAACAAGUAGGCGCUUGUAAGUUUGGCGCGUGUAAGAGUGCUGCCUUGAACCAGCGGUUUUUUCACAAAACAGGAAAGUGCGAUCCAAGUACGGGAUACGAAGAAAUAUUGGAAUACACCCAGCCAAUACAAGUGUGCUGUAAAUGCAUGCUUUUCUCCAUCUAAAUCGUGAAUGAAAAGAGAUGAAAUGUAUACUCUUGCGAAUUAAAAGAAGUGUUAAGUUGAAAAAGAGCCAGAUCUGCUAAUAGUUGUAGAA